AUGGGAAUGGGAAAGAAGAAGAUUGAGAUAAAGAAAAAGGAGAAAGAAUUGGACGGAAUGGUGACAUUCUCAAAGAGACGUCAAGGCCUCUUCAAGAAAGCCCGUGAGCUCCACCUGAGAACCAAUGCUAACGUCGCUAUCCUCGUUUUCUUAGAAGUCGGCCAAGUUUACACUCAUGGAGACCCCUCUUUUGAAGCCACCAUUGAUAAGUACUUGAGCACUCACCAAGAAAUUAUUAUCCGUGACGAUCAUGUUCCGACCGGCCAGGUUUACACUCACGGCAACCCAUCCUCUAAGGCCACCAUUGAUAAGUACUUGACAACUAACCAAGAAAGCCAUAGAGAUUGUGAGACCAACUCGUAG